AUGCGAGCGUUUUUCGCAGCUGGCGCACUUUGGGACGGCCGUCUGGAUGGGACGGCCAUCUGGACUGGGACAGCCGUCCCAAAUGGCAAAAUUACACAGGCUGGGACCCCCUGGGAACCCGGGACGGCCGUCCCACUUGAACUGGAGCUUGGGACGGCCGUCCCAACUUCGGGACGCGCGUCCCAACUGGUUGGAGCAGGUUGGGACGGUCGUCCCAACCGGUACGGCCGUCUCGACUUGUUCCGCCGGUUCGCGCGUUUUGGGACUCCGGGAAGCUUUCCUUGCUCGUUUUGGACGUCGGUGGAUGCCGAUAUGUGUCUCGUUGAAGCUUUAUCUUCGUAUAGGAAGUCUUCUUGGCCUUCAUUAAGAUGCCGGCGAGCUCUGUCUUUGUGUAGGAAGUCUCUUUUGGCUUUUAUUGUGUGA